CUCAUCACCACCAACACCAUCAUCAAACAAAAUGCCCGUGUCAAAGGAAAUAGUCCAAGAUAUCCUAAAGACAACCCCAGCCCGCAUCCGCGGUCCAGGCGGUGCCGUCGCCGUUCUCUCAGAUGGAGCCCUCGUUGAUCAGCGCGUCUGGGGAUACGCAGACUUCAACCGCAGAAUCCCCAUGAAGGAUGAUACGCUGAUUCCUAUAUGCUCAAUCUCGAAGCAGAUGCUCUGUGGAUUGGUUGCGGAUCUGGAAAAGAAUCCUACGCCGAAGUUGGCGGAGAAGGGUGACGUGAAGGAGCAGUUUGAGGAGAAGUUGAAGGAGCUUCUUCCAGAGCUUGCCAAGACUGGGGAGUUGAAGAUUGAUCAUUUGUGCAACAAUCGAUCUGGGAUUCGCGACUAUUGGGCUAUUACUUUACUUUGGGGUGCGAAGCCGGAGGAUCCUUACUCAAUUGCUGAGCACAAUGAGAAGGUGUUGAAGACGAUCAAGUCGACGCAUUUCACACCUGGAACGGAGUACUCUUACUGCAACACCAACUUCAACAUCGUAGCCCGAAUCGUCGAAGCUACUACUGGAGAGUCACUUUCAGAUCUACUCAAUGAGCGCAUCUUUGGACCGGCUGGUAUGAAGACUGCUCAGCUUGGCGCUGACACGGCGAAACUUCCCCCGCCUUGCGUUGGAUAUGAAGGUGAUGAGGACCGAGGUUAUAUCCCUGCUGAGAACCGCAUCGAAUGGGCUGGCGAUGCAGGUAUUAUUGCCUCGCUCAGCGACAUGAUUGCUUACGAGUCCUUCUUGGAUCGCAGUGUGUUCGAUCCUACAAGCUGGUACCGCGCAAUCUUCAAGCCAACGUCUUUCACAGACGGUGUUCCUUCGAUAUACUCCCAAGGUUUGGGUCACAGCCAAUAUGGCAGCGUAUCCGGAAUUGGCCAUGGAGGCGCUCUUCGCGGUUUCAGACUUUAUCGGGCUCAUGUACCAGAAGAGCGUCUUUCAGUUGUUGCCAUGUUCAAUCACGAAGCUGAUGCUGCUACACUCGUCGAACAUAUUAUCCAGAGUACUCUGGCUCUUCAGAAACCUCCGCCGCCGACGCUUGUAGAUGCUUCGCCUGCUUGGCCUGGCAUCUAUCUCGAUGAAGGAACUCAGUUGGCUGUGACGAUCAAGAAUGGCAAAAAGGGACAGAUCGUGGUUAACUAUGCUAACUACGCUGAACCUGUUAAUCUGACAGACCCUGAACGUGCUGAAUCUCGCGCAAUGGUAGCUGUCAUCAACGGCGAUGAUCUUCGAAUUCACCGUCUGAAGGAGAACAGAACUCUCAAUGCGAAGCGUCUCAAGAUCGGCGAUACACCCGUCGAUAACUCAACUUUCACAGGAGACUUUUACUCCGAAGAGAUCGGCUCAACGUUCCAUUGCGUGGACCAAGGUGGACUCAUGUUUGGCACGUUUGAGGGGUUCUUGGGUCAUAGUCCAGCUCAGUUCAUGAGAUAUCUUGGAGGGGAUGUCUGGGCGCUUGCGAACCCGAGAGGUAUGGAUGCAAAGCCGCCUGGGGACUGGACGCUUGUGUUUCAUCGGGAUGAGAACGGUGGUAUUGUUGGAGUGACGAUUGGAUGUUGGUUGGCGAGGAAGAUUGAGUUUGUGAAGAAGUGAUUGAGAAGGCCCUGGGCAGACUACGAGGCACUGGUUCUUGUACAAAGAAUCCCUCGAAAUGUUGAAGCAGCGCGAUCAUUUAUGAUAGAAACGGGCUCAUAAACAUAAAUUACAAUUUUACGAAGUCAAGUUGAGCAACAGACUCGUGUUUGCACGUUAGUUGCUGUAACAUGAUCACUGUGGCUUUGGUGCGCGGGGUAAUUAGAGACCACGUUCUCAAAGCUGGAGAUCUCAAGCCUGGACAACUUCUGAAGACAUAUACGUAUUGAAGAAUCGCUUUCGUGAUUAUCAUACUCAAUCCGGCUUUGUUUCUCCACCGAGGUUAUGAUGAAUUCACAAGCUUGUGUGGACCCUGAAAGCUUAACGCCGGUAUCGGUGACCGAUGGCCCGAAACCCCGCGAUCAGAAAUGACCUCGUCGCAUGAGGGACGUGUCAACAAUAAGAGGGAGUUCUCAUGG